CAACGUAUGAGAGAAAGUGACCAAUUUUUUCACAACAGAAAAAUCAAAAGGUACUCCUUUCUCCACCGAACUCAGAAGAAUCUGAUCGUCACCGGCAUGGGAGGCUCCACCUCCGCCGCCUUUUCGCCAUCAUCUUCCGGCUCUUUCUUCUCAAGUUUCUGCACAUCCGCUCUCCGUAGGAAGAGCCAUCUGCGCUCAGACGAAGUGCACACUAACUAUGGCGAGGGCCUUGUUCGCGGCCUCGGUCUCUUCGAACUCCUAUUGUUAGGGAUUGGAGCUUCCAUUGGAGCUGGGAUCUUCGUCGUCACUGGUACGGUUGCGCGAGACGCUGGGCCCGGUGUUACCAUUAGUUUCAUUCUUGCUGGAGCAGCAUGUGUGCUGAAUGCCCUCUGUUAUGCUGAGCUUGCAUCACGGUUUCCUGCAGUGGUUGGCGGUGCAUAUUUGUAUUCAUAUACAGCUUUCAACGAGCUUACAGCAUUUCUUGUCUUUGCACAGCUAAUGCUGGAUUACCAUAUUGGUGCUGCAAGCAUUGCACGCAGCCUAGCCAGCUACUGGGUCUCUCUUUUAGAGCUCUUUCCAUUUCUUAAGGGCAUUUUUCCAAGCUGGAUUGGGCAUGGAGGCUCGGAAGUUUUUGGCGGAGUCCUUUCCAUUAAUAUCUUGGCUCCAAUAUUGCUGCUUAUUUUAACUGUAAUUCUUUGUUAUGGUGUUAAAGAAUCAUCAGCAGUAAACUCAUAUAUGACUUUGCUGAAGGUGAUCAUUGUUAUAAUAGUCAUUCUUUCUGGUGCUUUUGAAGUGGAUGUAUCUAACUGGUCGCCUUUUGCUCCUAGUGGCUUUAAAGCUGUGGUCACUGGCGCUACUGUAGUUUUCUUUGCAUAUGUUGGAUUUGAUGCAGUAGCUAAUUCUGCUGAAGAAUCUAAGAGACCUCAGAGGGACUUGCCCAUUGGUAUCAUAGGAAGCCUUCUUUUGUGUGCAUUAUUGUAUGUUUGCGUCUGCUUGGUUUUAACUGGGAUGGUUCCAUAUAAAUUUCUUGAUGAAGAUGCUCCUCUGGCUCAAGCUUUCAAUGCUAAAGGCAUGCAAUAUGUUUCCGUUUUAAUCAGCAUUGGGGCUGUUGCAGGUCUUACUACAACCCUCCUUGUCGGUUUAUACGUGCAGUCCCGCUUGUAUCUUGGCCUUGGACGGGAUGGUCUGCUUCCCUCAGUUUUCGCCAUAGUACAUCCUACGCGACACACCCCUAUUCAUUCUCAGAUAUGGGUUGGCUGUGUUGCGGGAAUUUUGGGAGGUCUUUUUAAUGUUCACUCGCUCUCACACAUUCUUUCAGUAGGCAUAUUGACUGGUUAUUCUGUUGUUUCAGCCUGUGUCAUAACGCUACGUUGGAAGGAUUUGGCUUCAGGCCAAGUCUCUUCAAGAUAUAUUUCACCUUGGCAUGAAGGGGUUACUUGUCUUUUGGUUGUUGGUUUCUGUGGGUUUGCAGCUGGACUUUUCUACCGCUUUAAUGUUUCAAUUGUCUUAUUGCUGAUAGCUGUACUGAUUGCAAUUCUUGCGGGAGUAGCUCUGCAUGUUCGGCAAAUUUAUGAGAAUCCACCUGGUUUUGCUUGUCCUGGAGUGCCUCUCCUCCCAAUUGUCAGCAUCUUUGUCAACAUCUUCUUAUUUGCACAGCUGCAUGAAGAAGCAUGGAUCAGAUUCGUUGUUCUAAGUAUCAUCUCAAUUGUUAUUUAUGCUGUUUAUGGACAAUACAAUGCUGAUCCAACGGGCUCUGAACAAACUAUAAUUUACCGUAGGGCUCCAGCAUCUGAUGAGUAGCAAAGUCGCAUAAUCACAAUCAAGUAUGUCUACUGCAUUUUAUCCUGUAAAUAUUAUGAGGAUCUUAAUCAAUUACUUACAUCCAGAAGGCUUUAGUGCCAUUACAAUGCAGUGAAUAAUACCUUCUUCAACAUUUUCAUAUCACCUUUUACAUUUGGUUGUACUCUUCUGUAUGAUAGAAAACUUGGGAAUUGAUCCUUUUUAAUCUGUAGUCCAUUAAAAUUAUUUUGUGCGGACACCAGACCGUUCGGAGUCGAAUCAGAAUGUGCCACAUCAUCCGGUACACAUCCGCGGUACACAACAAAUGGGUGACGUGGCGCAUUACGGUCCCUUGUCCGGCCAAAAUAAUUUCACCCAUCAGAGGGCCUUGUCAAAGAUUUUGUAUUCAUAUUUUUCUUGAGAAAUAUUUUGCUUGUAUUGUUGGUAAAUAUUUGCGUUAGGAACUCCUUGUAUUAAUUCCCAUCAACUGCUCCUAAUUAAAUGACACUUGUUUGCAUGCAGAAGCAUGCCUUACAAUUAAGUUUUUUA